CUCUGCCCUGCCGCCCACGCCGGGGGACAGACGAGUCUUCCUACGCCAGUUUGCCCGGCAGUUGCCUUCUUCCCUGGCCGCCAGCCUGCCUCGCCCAGCCGGUUCUCGGGGGCGCGCCCAGCCCAGAUCGCAGCAGCGCUUUAAGGUGCUGCCUUAAUCCUCCUGAGGUGGGGCUCUCGAGAACAGCUCGGCCGCAAUCUGUUCGGAGUUCAAGUCGUUGUCUGAGGGAGCCUGUGCCAUGGCUUGGAAUGAAUUCAAUAUUCUCAGUUGGUUCAGGGAGAGUCGGCAGUCCCGAAAACUAAUCCUGCUUAUUGUUUUCAUUGCAUUACUUCUGGACAACAUGCUGCUAACUGUAGUGGUGCCAAUAAUUCCCAGUUACCUGUACACCAUUGAACACCAGAAAAAUGUAACAGAACCCCCGACUAUGAGACCUGAGAGAGCUGCCUCAACCAUGUCCAGUUUUCAAAGCAUCUUCUCCUAUUAUGACAACUCCACAAUGGAAACUGGAAAUCGUUCUGCUAGGACAAGAUCGAGAGAUUUGUAUGGUACUCACACAGAGCAAAUGAUGGUAAAUGUAACUAAUACACCAUCUGAUUGCCUGACAGAAGACAAGGACCUGCUAAAUGAAAAUGUUCAAGUUGGUUUAUUGUUCGCUUCUAAAGCCACUGUGCAGCUGAUCACAAACCCUUUCAUAGGACCAAUGACAAACAGAAUAGGCUACCAGAUACCAAUGUUUGCUGGCUUCUGCAUUAUGUUUGUUUCCACAAUUGUGUUUGCCUUCUCAGGAAGCUAUACCUUACUAUUCAUAGCAAGAUCUCUUCAAGGAGUGGGAUCUUCCUGUUCUUCUGUGGCUGGGAUGGGCAUGCUGGCCAGUGUUUAUACAGAUGAUGAAGAGAGAGGCAAUGCAAUGGGAAUUGCAUUAGGAGGAUUGGCUAUGGGAGUAUUAGUGGGUCCACCUUUUGGGAGUGUAAUGUAUGAAUUUGUGGGAAAGACAGCACCUUUCCUCGUGUUGGCAGCAUUAGCUCUGUUGGAUGGAGCUAUUCAGUUAUUUAUUCUACAACCAUCCAGAGCACAACCAGAAAGUCAAAAAGGGACACCGCUACUGACCCUCUUGAGAGAUCCAUACAUCCUUAUUGCUGCAGGAUCCAUUUGCUUUGCAAACAUGGCUAUUGCUAUGCUGGAACCAGCAUUGCCCAUCUGGAUGAUGGAGACCAUGUGUUCAAGAAAAUGGCAACUUGGCGUUGCUUUCAUUCCAGCUAGUGUCUCUUAUCUUAUUGGAACUAAUAUUUUUGGGGUACUUGCACACAAAAUGGGAAGGUGGCUUUGUGCUCUAAGUGGGAUGAUAAUCGUUGGAAUAAGCAUUUUAUGUGUACCAUUUGCCAAAAACAUAUAUGGGCUCAUAGCACCAAAUUUUGGGGUUGGGUUUGCCAUUGGAAUGGUGGAUUCUUCAAUGAUGCCAAUUAUGGGCUACCUUGUAGAUCUGCGUCAUGUUUCAGUAUAUGGGAGUGUGUAUGCAAUAGCUGAUGUUGCCUUCUGCAUGGGGUUUGCAUUAGGUCCCUCUGUUGGUGGUGCCAUUGCCAAGGCAAUUGGAUUUCCAUGGCUCAUGACAAUUAUAGGGAUUGUGGAUAUUCUCUUUGCUCCUCUGUGUUUUUUCCUUCGAAGUCCACCUGCCAAAGAAGAAAAAAUGGCAAUACUCAUGGAUCAUAACUGCUCCCUUAAAACAAAAAUGUAUACUCAGAACAACAUCCAGUCAUACCCAGUAGGUGAUGAAGAAUCCGAAAGUGAUGAAUAAUAAAAAAAGCCAUAUUGAGUAUUUUGGUGUACAAAAUGCAGUGAUUCCUGUGAAACAGCUCAUCCAGAAAUAUGUUUUAGGUAUACCGUACUUUUAAUGGUGAAAUAGUGAAGAAACCAAAGGUAUAUUAUUUAUUUCCCAUUAUUUUAAUGCAGAUUGCCAACUGCCUUAUAAAGAGAAAAUAGCUUUUAUAGAGGUUUGUAUAGUGUUGAAAACAUUAUUUUAUGUAUUUAAUUUUAUUAUACAGUAUAUUUUUGAUUAACUGUGUAGUUAAAUAUAUAUAAACAUCUGAAUCCAAAUUAUAAUUUUUCUAAAUUUUAUUCAGGGACAUUGACAUAAGAUUUCACAGUGUAGACUCCAUAAUAAGUUCUUGACAGUAAAAUGCUUCUAUUAUAAAUUAUUCCUCUUACUAAAAAAGUGAAGUUCAAAGAACAUACAACCUAUCCAACUCUCAGUUCUUUUAAAUUUACUGUGCUCUGAAGUAUAUCCACAAAAGAUAGUCUUAUUUCAAGAUAGCACUUUAUUACCAGUUGCUCAGCUCAGGGUCAUACUGUGCCAUCAAUUUUGGUUUCUUUGCAGAGCUCUCCCAAUUCUAAAGGUGAGCUCUCCAUAAAAUUGAUAGUAUUGAGACCAUAUGAUAAGAAAAUAAACUUUUAUUUUUCAAAACAAAAAUUUUCAGACAUAUUGAUAACAAAAUUAAUGUUUUUCUGAAGGAUAGGACUACUCUAACUAAAAUGAUCCUGGCUGGCUUAUGCACUAAAGGAUAUUGUCUCUAGACUUAAAAGAAACUGCCUAUUUGCUCUCUCACACAGGCAAUACUAUGGUUUCCAUGAGAUGUAUGAAGGAAUACUGGGUAAACAUCAAGUCAAGAACUCACUUUGGUUAUAUAGGGAUGAAUCGAGAGGCCAUUCUUUGUUAACUAUUAAUCUAAAAUAGCUCUAGGCAACAAAAAUAAGUCAAUCUGUCCACAUACGCAUGAUCCUCCACCUCAUCCUCCGCCCCCCCCCCCACACUUUUGGGGAUAACAGUUGUAUCAGAGUGAAAUUUGGUCCUAACUCUACAGCUGAUAUAAAUACAGAUUGUAGAUCCACAGAAAUCAAUGCCAAUUUACACCAGGGGCACGUCUAUACUAGGAAGUUAUUUUGGGAGUUAUUUUGAAAUAAUUAUUUUAGAAUAACAUGUCCCCUCUACAGGGAAGCCUCGAAAUU